GUGUAGAUGAACUGUAAAUACCAUUCAUUUACAAAACGAAAAGCACCGUGAAAGACAUAUAUGGCGCCAAAUAUUAUUGUAUAUUUUAGGGAUAUAUACAAUUUAUUCGAUCUCGCCCCUUCGGUAGUAAAACAAUGAACUUCUAAUGACAGCCCGGGGACCCAACUAAUGGCACAAUUCCGCACGUCUGUAUAUAGUCGUUCCGCAUCAUUGCAUUCUUAUCUGUACGGUAAUACAAGGGCCGCGGUAUCAGUGGCCCAUUCCACCGGCCAGGAGACGAUACCGAUUCCUCUCACAGAGGACCAUGUCAAUUCGCGUUUACAAGUUCCUGAGUCUGGAGAGUUGUUUAUUUGACCGGUUUUAAUUAUAAUUUGAUACAAAGAAGGAAUAUAGUGUUGAAAAAUCAAAUGAUGGAAAAUAGUGAGGAUGAUUAUAUAUUUUUUGGAUUACUUAUAUUGUUCUAGAAAGCUCCUGUUAUGGAUAAAACACCGUCUUGGGUCAAACAUUUCGAUGAAAAUUACCGACUGGCAAAACAAAAUGAUAUUGAAUUUUCAUCCAAAGAUCUAAUAGCUGCUUGCGAUGCUCAAACGAAACAACUCCAUCACAGUCAAACGUAUUCCGGGGAACUUUCUGGACGGAAACUUUCAUCAGGUCAAAUCAUUCCCAGGGUUCAUACCUCCCAAUCAGAUUUAAAUGGCUCAAUAUCGGAAGAGGAGAAAGUGAAAAAGAGGCGUCAGCGGCGACAGAUCGAAGACACUUCCGGGUAUAGCACCACCUCUCUGAGUGAGGUGUCAGAAAUAGAAACCCCCAAAAGACGUGCCAGACGACCAAAUCAGAACAGUCCGAAUAGACGGCGGGAAAAUUUAUCAUCAGAAGAUGGAAGACAUAGUGCUGGACAGCAACGGAGACGAGACAAUUUGUCAGACGAUCGAAGUGAAAGAAGUCGUGUUAGUAGAACCUCAGAGGCAAGUCGACGUGACGACAAUAGGAAAGUUAGCCAAACUUCAACUUUUUCAAAUACAAAGAAAGACUGUGAUAGAGGCUUAGUUCGUAACAGUCGCAUUAGAUCUACAACAGACAGUUUAGCAAGUGUGCAUAGCAAAGCAAGUGCUUACGACAACAAUCCCAGGAAGCUAAGUACCGCUUCCUCUAGACUAGACAUUCAGUCUCUUGCCAACAGGAAACUUUAUGGUUCCAGAGAAACAAUAGACCCAUUCGCUUUCAUUCAACCUGCGCCAGAACCAUUUGGACGAAAGGUUCGAAAAACAUGUCGUCCAAUUUUUGGAAUGUGUGUGAUGCUAAUUCUUGCAGCUAGUUUGGGAGCAGCCAUUUACUUUGCAGUAGAACUAAAAAAAACACACGAAAAUGAAAUUGAGAUGCUUCGUGCCAAUUUAGCGUUGAAAAUAAAAAGCAGCAAAUUUGAUGAGAACCUCGAAAACCUUUCGUCCAACGAUUUUAACAACAUAGCAAUGGCAUAUUGCCAACAGAUGGAUACGUUUUACAAGAAAAGUCAGUUUGAGUCGACCUACCGUGGAUGUGAAGUCCUGUCCAUCAAGGAUGAACACAUAAAUUUUACAUUAUUUUUUGUGGAAAAAGACGCAUCAAAGCGGGAUAUAAUAUCCGUCAUAGAGACGUCUGCUCCGAAAGUGAAUGAGACCUCGUCACACAUCGCACUGGUCGAUAGAUUUGAAAUCGAAUUAGAUAAAGUGAAAAUCAAGAUUGAACGAGAGAGAACACCUGUUGGAUUCAAUAGAAUUCAAGAAAAACCCACCACAGCAAAACCUACUACUGUUAAACCCACCACCAGAGUGCUUUCCUCUACAAAAUCCACCACAACCACAACUAAAUCGUCAUCGACGACUGACGUCACUACAACGUCAUCAACACUGGAAGUUACCAGCAGCACCGCGUCUCCUACCACAACAAAAUCAGUCUCGACAGUACCUGUCAAUAAAAGCACGGUGUCUGUGGAAGCUACAAGGGAAAUGUUGUUGGCAUGGGAUCCCUGUUCACUUCAAGAUGGAAGCUUUUACAGACAUCCAACAGACUGUAAUAAAUAUUUCCAAUGUGAACACAAAAAGUCAAUACUACAAACUUGCACGGGGGAACUGGUGUUUGAUGUGUCUUCAAAUAACUGUGUCCAUGAUAGACCAGGGAUGGUGUGCCCUGAUCCUGCUGAAGCUCCCCCUAAGCCGACGGGGUACGAACCUUUGACCAGGAAAAUUCCCGUCACCAAGCCGACGACCACUCCCUCCUCCACCACGGAGAGUGUGUUCUCCAGCAACCAAACCAGGUCCGUGUAUCCGGGCAGACCCAAAUAUGAACGAGAACCGUGUCUGCAAGCAAAAGCAGGUACCCUCCAUCCUCACCCAGACGACUGUAAGAAGUUUAUACAGUGCAUAAGUCUUAACAGAGGUCAGGAACUGACAUGUGCCAUGAAUCUUGUGUAUGAUCCGGAUGCCCAAACAUGUAUAUACCCAAAGAACGAUUUAAUAUGUCCGGAUAUUCUCCCUUGCUUACAAAAAAGCAAUGGGUAUUUUGCUCAUCCUUUUAACUGCUCGCUGUACAUUCAGUGUGAAUCCGGCCAUGAAAAAAUUCAAAUGUGUUCACCCGGACUGAUUUGGGUGCCAUCUGUCAACAGUUGUAUGUAUCCUACGGACAGUAACUCUUGCAAGGAUCAAUCCGUCACGUGAUGAAUCAUUGCACACACGGAUAUUAUAAUUAUUAUCAUUACUCACAUUGCGUUGUCCUAUUGUCAUAUUUGUAAAGUUUUGACCAAAAUGGUACAAUGUAUAUGCAUUUAUUAUUUAUAUACACAUUUGUUCAUGUUGUUAAUCUUAUUCCCCCGGGAAUAAUAAAAUUGUUGACUGAAG